AUGCUGUGUCAGUUAAGCCCCACGGUUUAUGCCAAUCUCAAAAUUGUGGCCAUAAUUGGAUUUUUUUACUUAUACAGAGACGUUGAGAAGGCUGAAGAGGUGGUGUUGCCUAAUGGCAUAAGGUACUAUGAGCUAAGAGUUGGUGGUGGUGCUGCUCCAAGGCCAGGAGACUUGGUUGUAAUUGAUGUCAAGGGCAAAGUCCUAGGCAGUGAAGAAGCAUUUGUGGACACAUUUGGUAGUGACAAGAAGAAGCCACUGGCUCUGGUGGUGGGUUCAAGGCCUUAUAGUAAGGGAAUAUGUGAUGGGAUAGAGUACGUUUUGAUGACUAUGAAGGCAGGUGGGAAGAGGAGAGUGGUGAUUCCUCCUGGUUUAUGUUUUGGGGAGAAAGGUGCAGAUUUAGGUUCAGGUGUGCAGAUUCCACCAUUGGCUACUCUUGAAUACAUCAUUGAGGUUGACAAAGUUUCUAUUGCCCCAGCUUGA